CACAGCCAUAUGCGAGUACGACACACAACCACCAGCACCAGCCAGCACAAUGGAGCACGCGCAUGACGAGCUCAGCCUCGAGCUCACCCUGGCCGCCGCGGUCGUGGCGCCGGCGCCCGGCUUCUUCCUAUGCGUGUACUGCCACCGCAAGUUCCGCACCUCGCAGGCUCUCGGCGGCCACCAGAACGCGCACAAGGAAGAGCGAGCCAACAAGCGCCGCCGGGAGACUGCCGCCGCCACGGAGCAUGCUUGGAAACCGGAGAGGGCUGCCGCCGCUGUUUGGGUGUCCGAGGAGCCAGCAGCAGCAGGUGGCAUGGCGCACAAGCGCAGCACGAGCUCGUCGGAGCGCGACCACGAGCUGGACUUGUCCCUCCGGCUAUAAUUGGUCGUUCAGUCGAUAGAUCUCCUAUUUCCAGUGCUAGGUAAGGCAAAAUCUAGCUUCUUGUUUCAAGCUCCUAUUGUGCAUAAAGUGGAUUCAUCGGCGCUCUUCCUUGUCAAGGUACUAGAUUCCUAGAGACCUUCCUGGUCUUUGGGUUGACACAAAAUUUCCCAUUCAUGUUGGCAUGUGAUACUUUCCUGAAAAAACUGGAUCUAUACACGUCUAAAUGUUCAAGUUACGAUAUUUAAAGGACACUGUGAAACUAGGGACGUUUUUCAACAAGGUGU